CUAUAAAUUUUAAACUUCGAUUAGUGGUAAUUAAGUUUUCAUUUAAAUCCGUAUAGAUUACAGAGAAGCCAUUAAGAAUGGAUCGACAAAAUCGUACUCAUCUCAGUCCUAACUUAAGCCAGAAGCCACUCCACAAGUGCUACAAAAAAAUUCAAAUUCCAGAGAAAUUGCUUGUUUUUGCAGUACACUCAAGCAAAGUCAACUCAGCUUAAAGCAUAAAAAAAUCAAUAAUCCCACUUAAUAACUUCUAAUCGAGAUUUUAUGCGUCGACAAACUAAAGAUAUAAAAGGAAUCGAAUUCUUGAUUUUGUACGAUCAUUACACAGAUACACGAUGUUCGAAAAGGAGAACCUAGACCUUGUUUUGGUCCCGUGUGGUCUGCUAAUUAUGUUCUCGUAUCAUCUAAUCCUCCUCUACCGAUGUCUUAAGCUUCCUCAUACCACUGUCAUUGGCUUUGAGAACAACGACAAGAAAAUUUGGGUCCAAAAACUUAUGCAGUCGGAAAACAGGGACGUGAAAACGGCGCUGGACGUGCUAUCGGCGAACGUAACGGCGGCAACUAACUUAGCGUCGGUAUCUAUAACCCUAAGUGCGCUGAUAGGCGCGUGGAUCGCCAACAACUCCAGCGUUUUCCAGAGCAAGUUGAUCUACGGCGACACGCGACCCUCGACGAUGUCGAUCAAGUACGUUUCCCUCCUCGUCUGCUUCCUCCUGGCAUUUUCCUGCUUCGUCCAGUCAUCGAGGUGCUUCAUCCACGCCAAUUAUCUAGUCAGCACCGCCGGCGGCGAUUUGUCCGCGGAGUACGUUGAAUUGGUGGUGAUUCGCGGCGGCGAUUUCUGGUCCGUCGGCCUGAGGGCGCUGUACUUCGCGACGCCGCUGCUGCUGUGGUUUUUUGGUCCGAUCCCGAUGCUUGCGACCUCCGUGGCUACGGUGGCGCUCCUCCAUUAUCUGGACAGCGACACCGCUUCGCUUAAGAAGAAUCGGAGCAUCGGAAAGCACAAGUUGCAGAAAUUAGACGAGAGGAUUUGAAAUUUGCUUUUUUACUGAAUGAAUUUUCGUCAGUAAAUUGUGUUCUGUCCAGAAUAAAAUAAUUUCAUCAAUAAAUUAUGAUGGAAUUAUGGACCGUUUGGUUGUUAAGAUAAGCUAUGAUUAAUUAAAUAUUACGAUCUAAUUUGACGUUUGGUAUUCUCAAUAA